GAGAGUACUUCAGUGAACAGUGACACUACUGAUUCAGAAGAAGAAAUGACAGCCAGAUGAUGUGUGGAAAGUUAUGUAAGAGUUUGCACCAAGCAUCUGUGUAGGAGAUUGACAGGGAAGAGAAGAAACUGUUGAAUAAAGUCGUUAUUUUUGUUUUGUUUUUGCGCACAACUUCAUAACAUUAAGGUUGAACCACUGUAAUCACAUGGACUAUUUUAACGAUGUCUUUAGUACUUUUCUGGACCUUGAAAGUGGUACGUUGCUUUCUCUUGAGGAUCAGAAAACUCUAGGAUUUCCUCAAAAUAUCUUAAUUUGUGUUCUGAAGAUAAAUGAAGGUCUUACAGGGUGUGGAACGACAUGAGGGUGAGUAAUGACAGAAAUUUCAUUUUUGGGUGAACUAACCCUUUAAAACCAAACCCCACCUGAACCUGAAAUCCAUCACUGUAAAGGUAUACCUGUACUUCUUGCUAUCAUAAACCAGGGCAGCUUUAUUGUCUUGCACUCAUUGAAGUAUAAGCGCGAGACAUCACUUCCAUCAUCAGAACGCGUUUUCAGGCCUCACCAACCGCUCAAGGCAGUUGGACAUAGUGGUGUUUUAGAGGUGAAAAAUGAUAUAAAUACUGUUCAGUUUCUCACACAAACCGUUUCAUGUCUUAGGACAUCAAUGUGUCGUCACAAGCCACAGGGUUUAAUUUGGAUUUGUCUGUGCAUGUUUUUUUGACUCUUAUAGGUGGUGUUCCCAUUGACAAGCAUUAUACGACUGACAGACUGCAACGGUUGGAGUUAAAAAUCAUCAUUUGUGUUCUACUGAAGAAACAAAGUCACCUACAUCUUGGAUGCCCUGGGGGUAAGCAGAUAAACAUCAAAUUUUCAUUUUUGUGUGAGAAUCAUUAAAAGUGUGAGAAUCAUUAAAAGCAGGUCAAGAAGAUGCCCCUUUACCUAGAAAAUAAACACACGUGCACUGAACACACACUUUUCAUCUCUGAAAAAAACGAACCACUGCAGGUUUCAGUUUGACUCAGAAGGGCUGUGAGAUGUCAGACAGUUUUACCUUUUUUCAGACGUUUCACACUGAAUAAAAUGUUUUACGUGAUUGCUGUGUUCUGUUUGUGCUCGUGGCAUCUGAUCGGUGUGUUUGGUGAUUCAGUGUCAGUGAUGGAGGGAGAUUCUGUCACUCUAAACACUGAUUUUACUGAAAUACAUGAAGAUGAAGAUAUACUGUGGAAAUAUGGAGCUGAAAACUCUCUCAUAGCUAAAAUGAAGAAAAAGAAUCAAACCUUCAACACAUAUAAUGGUACUGAUGGGAGAUUCAGAGACAGACUGAAGCUGGAUGAUCAAACUGGAUCUCUGACCAUCACAAACACCAGAACUGAACAUGCUGGAGUUUAUCAACUAGAGAUAAAUGGAGAGAAAAAAUCAUCAAAAACAUUCAGUGUUUCUGUCUAUGCUCGUCUGCCUGUUCCUGUCAUCAGCAGUAACUUUUCACAAUGUUCUUCUUCAUCAUUAUCUUCAAAUUGUUCAUUGUUGUGUUCAGCUGUGAAUGUGAGUCAUGUGACUCUCUCCUGGUACAAAGGAAACAGUUUAUUGUCCAGCAUCAGUGUGUCUGAUCUCAGCAUCAGUCUCUCUCUACCUCUGGAGGUGGAAUAUCAGGAUAAAAACACCUACAGCUGUGUGCUGAACAAUCCCAUCAGCAACCAGACUCAACAUCUGGACAUCACUCAACUCUGUCACACAUGUGCAGACUCAGUCUCUCUGAUAGUGUUGAUCUCUGCUGCUGCUGCUGCUGCUGGAUCUUUGUUGAUUAUAUUUGCAGUCGGAAUCUGGUGCAUCUGCAGGAAACAUAAAAAAUUAGACAAGACCCAGGAGAAAGACAAAACUGAUUCAGCAUUGUGUAAACCAACAACACGAAAGAAGAAAUCAAAGGAGCCCGUGUAUGGAAAUAUCAAAACCAAACACUGAUCAAAUACAACAUCUCUGCCAGGAUGUUUUUCUUCCUGACUGGUUUUUUUUUUUUCCUCUUUAAUCUAAUGUUGUUGUUUUUUUUCUUUUGCAGCUCUCAUAAGUUGAUAUUGUUGUAUCUGAAAUUGUGUUGCUCUGUAUUAAUUUAAUUUAGUGAUUCACAAGUGGCAAAGCACCCAGAAACUCAACUAAAUGUUUUAUUUGUAUCUUAACACGUAUGGAAAUUUACUAACUUUAUUAAAUAUUGAUCCCACCCUUCCUGUGUAAAGAGAAAACUGAAUAUCGAUGCACAGUUGUUCACAGUAUCUCACAUGUUCUGCUAGGUAUUUUGGCAAAAUCAGCACAAGCACAUCAUCGCCCUCUAGUGUCCAAAGCAGAAAGUCACAUCUCUCUAAUAAUAGCUCUAAUUUUACCCGACACAGUGCGCUAUAAAUAGAUGCUGCAGUUGCUCACAGAGGAAGAACUGAAGAACCAAUAUAAGGAAUUAGUAAUGGGUGCUUUCGAAACACAAUUCAUGGUCCUUCGACACUUUUGCAAGUCAUUUGUUUUGAUACGGCGAUUCAGAGCGUGUAUCAAACUGCCACAGUCACGUGAUUUCAGUACUAUUCAGAAAUUCCAAUGGUGCGCCGCUAGGGGGCGAUGAUCACUGUGAACCCA